AUGCUUGCAGACUCCAAUGGCAGUCCAUAUGCCGGCGGAGAUACACCUAAGCUCCGAACUGCGUGUGAGAACUGCAGACAGUCCAAGGUGAAAUGCAAUCUGUCCGGCAAGAGUGUCUGUACUCGCUGCCUGCGUCACGGUCUACAGUGCCAAUACGGGUUCGCAAACCGCUCCGGUAAACCAAAGGGCAGCAAGAACCGAGCUACCCUUCGCAAGCUAGGCCAGUUGCAAGAAGAAAAGCCAACUGUGCGUGGCUUCCGUGGUAGUCGGCUUGUGGCCCCCGUAGCCGACAUGGAGCCGCUAGUUGGGAAUAAUUACAGCGGUCAUAUUCCUGACUCUGUGAUUGAUGACGAUGUCUGCUUGUUAUCAAAUCAACCGGGCUUUUGGGAAAGUCCCAGUAGCUUCGCCAACACAACAACACUGGGGUCUUCUGUCUGUCCUGGACAGUUGACAACUGCGGAGCUCUCACCAUUUACGGACCUCGGAGAUCCAUGUCCGGCUCUACCGGCCGGCCUAGGGUAUCCGCACACGCCGGUGACGCCAACAUUCUUAUCCGGAGAAUUGACCGACGGAGUCGCCAGCCCGUCAUUGGCAGGCUCCGUCGCCUCGCCAUAUCCUCUUUCGCCAUGCGAAUGCAUAGACAUGGAGCUGUUCCACAUGAACCGACUAAACCAUCUGCUCGCCGGCUCCAUGCCCCUACGACUCGACCACAGCCUGCAGACAAUCAAAUGCACGUUCUGCGCCUGCCAGAUGUUCCUGCAGUGUACGAAAUGUGCCAAGGACGGCGCAAACCUGCUAAUGACCAUCUCGGUGCUCAACCUCACUCUCCAGCUGUUCGAGUACUGGGUGUCGCGCGAGACGGCUCGUGCACGCCCAGAACACGGCGUCGAUAUCCGCUACGGAUACUAUGAAAUAUGCCACGAGGAAAAUCGACAGAUACGCAAUUUCUUGCUCCGCGGUCUGCUGCUACAAUGCCGGGAUGUAUUGCUGGCUCUUAAAAGCACUGCUAGCGCGGCUGACGUUCAGAAUCCCAAGGGAGACCAUGAAGGACCGGCUGAGCCAAAACUAUCAGAUGAGAAUGGACAGUACUGGGUUCCUUCGGAGAAUGUUGGUCUACUCCCGGACUUGGAUGAGAUUCCAAGUGGUACCAGAAAUGAAGGCCUGCUUCCUAUCAUUGCAGGCUAUGAAGCUACUGUGUCGGCAUUCCUACAAUCGACUUCGUGGGGGGAGUGUAUGUGUGGAUCUGGACGAGCAAUGCAUAACGAAUCUCUUUGA